CGAAUCUGUUGUAAAUUUGGUGAUGUGCGAAAGCUCGGACGCAGAUCAUUCACAUUCAAGAUUCAAUUAGCGCACGCGAUCUGACCCUAUAAUAGUGAAACGCUUUCAAGGCAGCAGACGCGAUUGUUACUCACACUGUGCGUGAGUUCUGCAACACACACACCAACACGCUUUUGUUCCCAUCAUCUGCACAACACCCACAACCUCUUCAUCAAGCCUCGUGGCCAACCAACUCCUUUCGCCUCCACUGCCAUCGUUGUACUGCCUUUGGUGCUCUUGUCCGAGAACGACAGCGCAUAGAAGGGAAAAUACGCUAAGCCAAGGUUCGGAUCUUCCAACGCCAUCGGGUCGAAACCGAAAAUUUGUUUGCAGGGCUGAACCUCGAACGUCGGCAUCACCUCAGCUUUUGGCGUGGAACAUUCCCGAGCAAGACGUCAAGAUGAAUGCUGCCGAGCUGCUGCAGAACACGCUCUCGCCUGACGCUGGUGUCCGUCAAAAUGCCGAGCACCAGUUGGAGGCUGCCGCACGCGACAAUUAUGGCGCAUACGUGGGCAUGCUCGCAGCUGAGCUCGCCAACGAAUCGACUGCUCCUCAUCUGCGCAAUGCGGCCGGUCUUGCGGUCAAGAAUGCGCUGACAGCCAGAGACGCAGCGAGGCAGGAGGAAUUCGCGAAUAGGUGGACCAGUCUGCCUGAAGAUGCUCGCUCGGACGUCAAGGCCAAGACAUUCAGCACGUUGAGCAGUCAGGAUGGCAGAGCUGGUUACUCGGCUGCUCAAGUCAUCGCUGCUAUCGCCGGUAUCGAAAUUCCUCGCGGGCUGUGGAACGAGCUCAUUGGACAGUUGACCAAGGCAAUGGGAGAGACGGCAAACAACUUGUUGAGGCAGGCUGCUUUGCAGACAAUCGGUCUGACUUGCGAGGUCAUUUCGAGCUCCUCCAACCCGGAAGUGCUUGCCGCGCAAUCCAACGAGAUCCUCACAGCAGUGGUGCAAGGAGCCAGAAAGGAAGAGCCCUCUGUAGAAGUGCAGCUUGCCGCUAUUCAGGCGCUCUACAACUCUCUGGCCUUCGUCAAAGCCAACUUUGAGAGGGAAGGCGAGCGCAACUACAUCAUGCAAGUCAUUUGCGAGGCGACUCAGCAUACCGAUAUUCGUAUCAAGGUAAAUGCCUUCGAGUGCUUGGUAGAAAUCAUGCAUUUGUACUAUGACAAGAUGCGCUACUAUAUGGAACAAGCUCUGUUCGGCCUCACGGUUCUAGGCAUGCGGGAUCCCGAGCCCAGAGUGGCAAUGCAAGCAAUCGAGUUUUGGGCCACAGUCGCGGAGGAGGAGCUGGACUUGAUAAUGGAGGCAGAUGAGGCUCGCGAAUUCGGCGAAGAGCCGGAACGUCCAUGCCACGGCUUUGCUCGCAUCGCAUUGCCAGAGAUUCUUCCGGUGCUUCUGGAUACCCUGCGAAACCAGGAAGAAGAUGCAGUCGACGACGACUGGACAGUGGCCAAAGCAGCCAGCGCGGCUGUCCAGGGUCUCGCCGACGCGACCACCGAUGAAAUUGUUGCUUUGGUCAUACCCUUCAUCGAACAGAACAUCCAGAGCCCCGAGUGGAACUCGCGCGAUGCCGCAGUCAUGUGCUUUGGUUGCAUUAUGUCCGGACCCAGCUUGGCCAGCUUGGCGCCUCUGGUCAAGCAAGCAUUGCCGCAGAUCGUCCAGAUGCUCCACGACCCGAGUGAAUCGGUCAAGGACACUGCUUCGUGGACCUUGGGACGGAUCACUGAUCUCGGAUGCGGUGCCAUCGACCUGGACAACCAGCUUUCGAUCCUCGUGCAGGCUCUCGUGCAGGGGCUGCAAGGCGAGCCGCGCGUCGCUACAAACUGCGCUUGGGCUUUGAUGAACCUUUGCGACCAACUCGGCGGCGCGGCCAAGCUUACCCCGGAAGGCAACCCAGCUCCCACAGCCGUUAUCUCGCCCUUCUUCGAGGGCAUCAUCGGCACGCUCUUGGCUGCGUCUGACAGAUCUACCAACGAGGCGAACGCUCGAUCGUCCGCUUACGAAGCUCUCAGCACAGCUGUCACAGGCUGCGCUCAGGACACUCUGCCACAUGUCAACAACGUCGCUGUCACAGUUCUCGAUCGACAAGGCAAACUCAACGCCAUGGCUUCUCAGUUGGUCGGCAUGGAUGAUCGCACCAGCUGGGCAGAGCUUCAGACAAACUUGUGCUCCGUACUGCAAGCUCUCACGCGCAGACUUGGAAAAGACAUUCUUCCCCUGGGAGAUCAGAUUAUGGGCAGCCUCCUAACCACCGUUCAAGCAUGCGGCAGUCAGAGCGAAGCGCUCGAAGAUGUAUUCAUGGCCAUUGGCGGAUUUGCAACUGCGUCAGAGGCCGCCUUUGAGAAGUACCUGCCCUCCUUCAACCCCUUCCUCAUUAGCGCCUUGCAAGGACAUCAGGAUUUGCAGCUUUGCAAGACGGCCAUCGGUAUCGUUGGAGAUGUUUGUCGCGCGUUGGGACCUGCAUCCGCACAGUAUGCCGAGCCUUACAUGGUCGCGCUCACGGAGAAUGUGCAAAGCCAGAGUCUUGCUCGGGACGUCAAGCCGGUUAUUCUGAGUACAUUCGGCGAUAUCGCCUUGGCUACGGGAUCCGGCUUUGCUCCUUUCUUGCCAAACACCAUGAUGACGCUCGCACAAGCUGCGCAGUCCUCGGUCCUUCCCGAGACACCUACGGAUUGGGCCAUCGUCGAUUUCUUCACCGCUCUCAGAGAGGCUAUCGCUGACGCCUACUCCGGCAUCGUGGCUGGCGUCGUCGCCGACAGUCGAUCUGACUUGCUUCAGCCUUACGUUGAGUCGAUUGUCACUUUCAUUGCCAGCGUUGCGCAGUCCUCGCAGGAACGCACAGAGACGCUUCUGCGCUCAGCUAUCGGAUUGCUGGGUGAUGUAAGCGCUGCCUACCCAGGCGGAGAACUGAAGACUCUGCUGCAGCAGGGUUGGGUAGCUGAAUUGAUCAGAGCAGGUAGAGGAAAGACGAUGGGACACGAGACUCGGAAGGUGGCUGCUUGGGCGAGAGAGCAGAUCAGGGCGGCCAGUGCCGGAGGCAGCUGAACGCAUGCGUUGUGGGUCAUGCCAAAUCACCAAACUUGGCUAGUCCGCGCAAAUCCUAGAUGUGCCCCAAUCAGCUCAACGUUCACGUCACGUCACGUCUCGUGAGGGCUGCAGCUCGCUCGUUGUGGUGGCGCACGAAAGUGAAGUGAUGCCUCUUCGCAUUCUCCGUUAUUUCCCUGAGCAACCGCACUCUUUGACUUGGAAUCUUGUUCCACUUUCCCACACUUUCGAUCCACCCCUCCCCUAGCAUUUCACUGCAAAGUCUUGUAAUACCCAGCCAUGCAUGUAAAAGCCAUCGAGACCUUGCACUCCUUUUCAGCAGGUCUUGUCGGCAAAAUCAGACACGACACAUUUACGAAAAUAAUCAAAGCGUAGAUUGCAAGGC